GCCUCACAUCGUACCCUGAGGUGCAUGCAAGCAUUAUCUGAGGACACCGGGAGACAAAUGAUCUAUAAAUGGAUCCAUUGAUUAGUAUUCUGGACUGCAUUGCUGCGCUGUAGCUUUUAGACGUGCACCUCCUCAGCCUCAGUGAGUGUCAUCAUGGAGGAAGAGCAGACGACUCGAGCCGAGUGAAGAGGACAAAACGCUGCACCCCAUCUUUGUUUCGCCUGUUUUAGUACGAAACCGGUGAUCCCUGCUCUGAAAAAGCUCUGAUAAACACCUGAGGAGAGACAGAAGUCAAGAUGAAGCAUUUUCUGAGAGUGGUGUCCCAGUUCUUUGUGUUCCUUUACUGUAAAUUGCUUUGGCGGGGCCUGAAGUUCGUCGCCAGGAAGUUUACGGGCCGCUGUGAGCUGCAGCGAAUCUGCUACAAUAACAAACAUGGAGCCCGCAGGACCCUCAAGAUAGAGUCAUCCCUGAGAUACUCCAAGAAUGAGCUGCUGCAGUCUGCCCUCAGCGUCCAUCCUGAUAAAGUGGAGAAAACCAUUGACGACAUCAUGGCCUUGAAGAAGAUAAACCCUGACACCAACCCACAGCUGGGCAUCUCUCUUCAGGCCAGCCUGCUGCAGAUUGUGGGCUACAGGAGUCUGGUGGCAGAAGUGGAGAAGCUGCGCAGGGAGCCCUACGACUGUGAAAACCCUGAGAAUGAGAAAAUGUUGAUGAAGCUAUGGAAGGAGCUACGUCCUGACACUCCUCUCACCGGCCGCAUCUCUAAACAGUGGUGUGAAAUUGGUUUCCAAGGCAGCGAUCCCAAAACUGAUUUCAGAGGCAUGGGCCUGCUGGGUCUGCACAACCUACUGUAUUUUGCAGAACAUGACAAGGCUACUGCUCUGCAGAUGCUCCAUGACUCUCUGCAACCAAAGCACAAUGAGAUGAACAAGCCUGAAUGGGAACAGAAGAACCUUGACAAGGCCAUCGGCUUCUCUUUUGCCAUCGUGGGCAUCAACAUCACAGACCUGGCGUACUCUCUGCUGGUGAGUGGGGCUCUGAAGACCCACCUGUACAAUGUGGCCCCUGAGAUGCCGAGCCUGCUGCACUUCCAGCAGACCUUCUGCUACCUGAUGCAGGAGUUCCACCGUUUCUGGAUCGAGGAGGAUCCCAGCGACAUCAUGGAGUUUAACCGGGUCCGUUCCAAGUUCCACCGAAGGAUCCUGCGACAGCUGAAGAACCCAGACAUGGCCCUGUGCCCCCACUUCUCCGCCUCUGACCUCCACCUGGUCAACCUUUAAAAACCUGUGACCGCUCUCACUGACCCUCCCUCACACCCACAGAGUCUCCCUCGGGUGUCUACUAGGCUGAUAAAAAAACCCUUUACCCUCACAUCCGGGGAGACUCUGCACCUUUCUCGUGCUCAGCUAACGUCAUGUCGCGUCACUGCCAAAAGCUCACACAACCAUGACACGCACACACACACGUCCAAAUAUACACACUGCCUCUGCGCCCUCACUGCAGCGUCAGACCACCAGCAUCAGAGACGACCAUAGCGAUUGUAGCUGUGCAUGAGGAGGCCACACCACACCGCCACACUCUCAUCUUUAUGGUUGCUUUAAUGAUUCAUGACGAUUGUAUCUCAGCCGUUACACCUCAGUUAUUGUUCUCAUAGUGAACCAAAUUUACUUUCUCAGCCAAAAAUCCCUCUUAGAGUGCAGCGUAGGCAUCAUAAAGUCGAGAAUAUUUUGGAAAUUAGCUGAUCAGGCUUUUAGCCGUGAGCUUAAAAGUCUUUAAAAGAGUAUUUUGUACUAAAAUGAAGAGCUACAGAUAUAUAAUGUAAGUUUAAAUGAUUUGUCAAAGCAUGAAAAGAAAUGUCUCUGGCUCCAGUUCAAUCAAAACUGAUAAAACAAUACUGGGCCAGCUCUUUUCUUAACUAUUUCUGUAUUAGGUCAAUAAUAUAGAUUGUACUGUACUAUUAUGUCAACAUGACGUUAACACCUAAGACUUCUCCUUGCCAAAAUAUCGAAUGUGGAGAUUUUCCAAUCACAGCAGUGGUUUGUUUCUCGUAAGCUUGGAUGUAAUUGUGUAAACCUGCAAAAAAAUGUUCAUAAAAGUUCCAAAUAUUGUUUUUGUUAAGUCACAAGGUUGCAUUUGGCAGCCUAGUUCCCCUUGACUCGUUAUUUUGACAAGCCUUUUAUUUUUCCGUGCAUGUUUACAACCAGAGUCAAAAGUUGACGUUUUAUGAGCUUUUUUUUUCAGGUUUGCAGACAUUUUUUGCCUUUUAUUUAAAACCAUCACAAAGAUUUAGUUAUGAAUGUCUCACACGCUCACAUUCAUGAUUGUUUGCUUCUAUUUUAAUCCAUUGAAUGUGACACUGUGUCCACUGUUGUUUCAGCCAAAGCAAUAAUUUACAUUCAUUUCUUUCAAUGUAAUGAUUUGCACCAUGCGUGCCUGAGCAUUUGUUUCAUCUCAGAGCUGGAAUGCUAAUCAACUUGUAGCUGUUAUGUUUAGCAUUUAAUAGAGGUAAUUUACAACCCGGUUAAUUUUCAAACAGCAGUGUAAUUACUGUAAACAGUUCUGUAUCUGGCAGGCGGUGCACUGCGUUUUACAGUCUCCACAUUUGGCAAGAAAUCUGCUGGCUGUGGAAAUAGGUUUGUCCUUUACAGUAAAGCCAAAGACAUGAAGCACUUAAAGGCUCAUUCAAUAGGAAGUGGUGGAGUUUAUGGAGAAUGAAGCCUUAGUACAGUACAUUUACCUAUAAUGCUACACAGAACAGCUCCUUAAGCUUCAACAAAAAUAAAAUUUAUCAUUAAAUAUACAACUGCCCCAUCGAGAACGAAUCAGGUGAUGAAGCAGAGCUGACAGAGAGCAUUUAAAAACACUUGAAAAGGGAGGUGUUGACCGUCCAGUCAUCGCCCCAUCUGUAAAAAGCUCCAUGCUGUGAUCACCGUCUUCUCUGCAUUCAUAAAUGCCAGCUUCAGUGUCAUACUGUGUGCUGCAUACACUUUAAGCAUUUAAUUGUUAUCUUAUCCUUAAAGGCAGUAGUGCUUGGCUAAAAUAAAAACACCUCCCAUGGAAGAUUUGAUUUAAGUUCCCCUUCAGUGUCAGACAUCAUUUUUGAAAAACGAAGCCAAUGCAGAAGUGAAAAAAAAAAAACAACUGCUGUUCCUCUUGUCUACUUGAGGCUGGUUUCAAAAGCCAUUAAUCUCCAUGAGAUCCCACAUUAAAUGCCCAUUUUGACUGCAAAAACAGACUUGUUUAUGGCCUUAUCCAAAAAUAAAUUUGGCCACUAUGGCUCAUUUUUUAGUGUUUCCAUUUUGCUUAUAUUUAAGCUGAGAGUUUUGCUUUAAUUUGCAUUCCAGGUUUGUGUGACUGAGCUGACUAAUAGGUGGGCAUGGUGUAACUUGCUGUGUCUCAUUUUGGCUGUAAACCACCCCACUGUAGUCUGUGUAGAUUUCUCAGGCUGAGCUGAAAUGUACUGGUCGCCAGCCUAACAUGUUUGUUUCUAAAGCUGUGUUUCCACCAAGCUGACAUAGCUUAAGUCAUGCAAAUAAAGCUUUUAUUUUUUCAUGAUUUAUCCAGAGUUUCAGUCAGAUUGGGAUAUAUACAGCUGAGUAAAAAAAAAAACCUUCUUGUUUCUUAAAAAAAAUAUAUCCAAAUUUGAGAGCGGUGAGCUGGCCAUUUGCCAUGGCCAUAUGGCCCAAAAAAAUGGGACUAAAGCCCAUUUGCCGGUAAUCUUAAAGUCUUUCCAAGCUCAGCCUCUUUAAAUCUUUCUAGAUAUUUUUCACACAAUGGUAACUGCCAUAGUUUGGCUUCAAAAUGCCAUUUCAGGGACUAAUGGGUGACAUCAGUGAUGCUAUGUCCAUGUUUGAUACAGCCCAUGUUUACACAGCAGAAUUAACAUAUUUCACACAGUGUUUUCUAUUAUUAUUGACUUGUUUUUAUUCAGUUUUUCAAUAAUUACCUUUCCGUUGAAUUAUAGUUUGACAAAGAUUCAUAAUUGUGUGCAGCAGACCUACUUCUCUGUUGUUAAUCAUCAUGUAACCACAUAGAUUUGUGGUAAAGGAGUCCCCAUUCAAAGAGAGGGAAAAUAACAUUAUAUUCAUAUUCUGUGGAGCCUUAGUUUGAUUUUCAUCCCAGCUCUGAGUCACAUUUUUAAUUUCCACUCAAAGAUGAAUCCACAAAAGCCCAAAUAUGACACACAUGUAUCUCUUCACAGCACUUGAACAUGUGACCGCUGUAUUUAGCUUUCAUUAGCGCUCACAUUGAUGAUGUGUGAUGCUGACAGCUCUGACUAAUGUCCUCAUCACCAAACUGAAAAUGUACAAUAUGAUUUCCCUGCCAUGCUUGCACUGUUGAUUGUGUUUUUAACAGUAUUAUGAUAACUGUCCCAUUUGAAGUGAUGCUUUCUGUCAGUAUUAUGCAGCUGUUUACUUCAGUGAAUGUCACUGCUGGUUUCAUCUCCUGCUUGCAUUUUGAUUUGCUCUGCUGUGGUCAGCUUUGCACUAAUGUAAAAAUUAAAACGCUGUUUGUUUUAUGAUAGUAAAUCAGUGAUUUGUGGUGUUAGGAGUAUAAGGACCGGUGAGUCCAAUGAUACUGUAGACUAAGUUAAGUACACGCUGCUGUAAAUUCUGCUUUGAAACUGCCUCUACUAUGACACAAUCUGCAUGAAGAUAUUUUCAUUGUCACUGAAGUCACAUUCUGUGUUCUGCAGUAAAGCCUCAAGUAAACUUCUAGAUAUUGUAAAUGUGUGCUUCAUUUGUCUGUGCUGUACUUUU